GAACCCCACUCAACAGUUACGUAAACCAAAAAGAAAAAGGCGAUCCCUCUACUUCAAUUUUUUAUUAAUUAACCCCAACAGCUCCACUGUCUCCCCACACAUUUCCAAUUUCUCCGGUCACGUGACCUCCCGCCAUCUUCUCCGAUCUCGAUCACGUGACCUCCAUAAAUUAUCGAUUCCUGAGAGAAAGAGAGUGACCCUUUUUUGAUUUCUUGCUGAUUUUGUUAUGGCAACGAGGAAUCGGACGUUGAUAUUUAGGAAGUACAGAGAUGCAUUAAAGAGCGUUAGGGUUCCAACGAGCUCAUCCACGUCGACGAGCUCUGUCGGAGGAGUUGGUGGUGGUGGUGGUGGUCCGGUGAUCGAAUUGGCCAGCACUUCGCUUCUCAAUCCUAAUCGGAAAUAUGCUCCUCUUAGUACUGAAGAUCCCGGUAAUUCAAGUAAAGGUGCAUUUACAGUAGGUUUACCUCCAGCUUGGGUGGAUGUAUCUGAAGAAAUAGCAGCAAAUGUGCAACGUGCACGUAUGAAAAUGGUUGAGUUAGCGAAGGCUCAUGCCAAAGCUCUGAUGCCUUCAUUUGGUGAUGGUAAAGAAGAUCAACGGACAAUUGAGGGUCUAACCCAAGAGAUAACUGGUCUUAUAAGGAAAUCAGAGAAGAAACUGCAAAGACUUGCUGCAGCUGGGCCUUCUGAGGAUUCAAAUGUUAGAAAAAAUGUGCAGCGUUCCCUUGCUACUGACCUCCAGAACCUUUCAAUGGAACUUCGCAAGAAACAGUCAACAUACUUGAAGCGCCUCAGGCAACAAAAAGAGGGUCAGGACGGGGAUGAUUUAGAAAUGAACCUAAAUGGUGGUAGAUCUAUAAUAGAUGAUGACAAUUUGGACGACAUGGUAUUUAGUGAGCAUCAGAUGGCCAAGCUGAAAAGGAGUGAGGCAUUCACUGUAGAAAGGGAAAGAGAGAUCGAACAGGUAGUUGAAUCAGUAAAUGAGCUUGCUCAGAUUAUGAAGGACUUGUCAGUACUUGUGAUAGACCAGGGCACUAUUGUUGAUAGAAUAGACUACAACAUUCAGAAUGUAGCAACUACAGUUGAGGAGGGGCUUAAACAACUGCAGAAGGCUGAGAGAACACAGAAACGAGGGGGAAUGGUAAUGUGUGCCACUGUGCUUGUUAUAAUGUGCGCUGUCAUGCUGAUCCUUCUUAUCCUCAAGACGAUUCUCUUUUGAUUGUGAGCAUGGAUAUUCCUGAAGACUCUUUUUAUUUGCGAGCACAAGUAUUCCUGAAGUUCACUCAUUCAUAAUGCUGCGACGCUCCCCGCCAAAUGUUACACUCUUGUAGAUGGCUAUAACUUUGCCCAAUUAAAGAAUGCAAACGCUUUGAAUUUCCUGAAUACACGUACCAUGUUAAUCGAUUACCUUCUUGCAUUACUAUUUUUUUUUUCAAAAUUUUGUGGGGAAAGAGGGGAGAGAAAUGUCCUCAAAGAUGUAUAGAAUUGGCACUGUACGUUGUUCCUUUGUCACGGAUCUGCUAGGUUGAUUCUUUUGAUUUUUUGGGAGGUUGGAGCAUGGUGCUUUCAAAAUCCAAGGCUCCCUGUUAUGAGGAGCCUGAAACCUUUUUAAUUGCUUGUAUCCAUUUUUGUUCAUGUAAUAUCAAAAAAUACGCAUCCAUCUCUCUCGUUUGCCAUUAA